AUGUCUAUUGGAACCGCUUCACGAUUGGAGACGCUGCGCGUAUUGAGUCGACAAGCAUCGACGGCAGCCCCCGAUACCGAGGAUGAUGACGCUGAUGCUCGAUGUUACUGGAGCGUGUUCAUCCUUGAAAAGGCCUUCUCCCCCACAUAUUCUGUUCUCAGUAGCCAGGAUGACGCCCCGGGAUUACCCUCCAAUCCUUGCCUGCCGCCAGGUGUCUCCGAGCCGGCGUUGGAGGCGGUCCAGACCGGCCUCCAACAGAACCAGGACCCCAAAGCAGGAAUCGUCUCGCCGAGCGUCCAGAUCAUUUCCAUCUGGGGAGAUAUCUGUGCAUACUUGAGCAGCAUUCGCAAAGGGAAGACGGAAAUCCCGUGGUCCUCCAACUCAACGUACUCCCAGAUCCAGGUCCAGCUGCACCAGUUUGAGCUGGAUCUCGCACCUCCCCACCGGUUCGAGAACAUACUAGUCAAACACCGCUCUCCGUCCGAGCUUCAUUCUAACAGAGAAUACUGGUCGCCGUGGACGAUCAUGCAGCUCUCAUCCCACGCAGCCCUCGCCGUUCUCAACCAUCCUUUCCUCCACCUAGUGGCCUUGCGAGGCCGCGAGUGCAGGGCUCAACCGAAGCUUUUCAUGCAACACAUCAUUGACCAGUCACUUUUUCAUACCGGAUGGGUGAUCCGUUUACUACAGACCUUUGAGGAGAUGGAACUGGAGAUAAACGACCCCCUGAUGGGGCAUCAGGUCGCAGCCACGGCAAUCAUCCCCUGUCUGUUCCAGUUUUCCCAGGAUCAACAGAUGGCCUCCAAGGCUCGCGAGGGCCUGUACCUCUGCGAAAGAUUCUUAGAACGCCUCUCCGUCAAAUGGCCGCACCUACGGCACAAGUUGAACAUUCUCCGCCAGCUUCAGUCGGCUGCCGAGAGCCGACCCGAUAGUUCCACCAUAACAUUUGAUCCGGGGUAUUUCUGGGACAUUCUCGUGUCGCCUCCCUCCUACGGCGCAAGCGACGGCUUGUCGCCCUUCGCAGCGAUGUCCGCCGCCGACGAUCCGAGAUCUACGCUCCAUGUCACGACGAAAUUUGUGCAGCCCUGGCCGGACGAGCAAACGCGACUGGUCAGCCAAGUUGAUCCGCCGUUCUUCUCACAGCCAUCGGGGACCAGCGACGACCAGAUUCUGCUCGACGACCUGUUCUCGCAGUUCCAGGUGUACGAUACGCUUUGGAAUCUGCCAGACGUGGGGUUUCCCAACUCCAGGAUGUAG